AUGGCAUUUGGUCAAAUCGUAAUAGGGCCCCCGGGUUCUGGGAAAUCCACUUACUGUCACGGUUGCAUGCAGUUUUUUAAUGCGAUUGGACGACAUGCCCAAGUUGUUAACAUGGACCCAGCAAAUGACCGCUUGCCGUAUCCCUGUGCCGUGGACAUCCGCGACUUCAUCACAUUGGAGGAGAUCAUGGCAGAUGCCGGAGUCUCGAGACUCCAGCGAGGACGACAGACACGCAGCGAGCUCGUCAAUGUCGGUCUCGCCGAGCUUGCCCAUGUCCUCUGUAGCGGUGCAUCCCAGCGUCUGUUGCCGCGUUCGCUUUUUGGCGGCGCCGUUCGAGACAGACAGCAGCGGCCCGUACAGCACUGUGAAGUCGAGCUCUUUGUUCCAGUUGUAAUUACGCCGUGGGUUGUUUUGUCACCGCGUUGGUGCUGA